AUGGGGGGAAGCAAGUUCGAGUUCCGCAAGAUUCCCGUGCCGCCCCAUCGGUACACGCCGCUCAAGGAACGAUGGAUGGACAUAUACACUCCGGUGUUUGAACAAAUGAAGAUCGACAUUCGCAUGAACCUCAAGGCGCGCAAGGUGGAGCUGAAGACGCGGAGGGACACGGCGGACCCGUCGGCGCUGCAGAAGUGCGCCGAUUUCGUGACGGCGUACAUGAUGGGAUUCAGCCUCACAGACGCCAUCGCCAUGCUGCGAAUCGAUGACCUCUAUAUCGAAUCAUUCGAGAUCAAGGUGCGGAGUGGGAGGAGGGUGGGAAGAGAGUGGGAGGAGGGUGGGAAGAGAGUGGGAGGAGGGUGGGAAGAGAGUGGGAGGAGGGUGGGAAGAGGGUGGGGAUGA